AUGCAGCAAUCACUGUUACUCGCUCUUGGCCUCGCGGCUAUGAGCGCAGCCGCCGUCAUCUCGAAUGAGAACACGGCGUAUAACGGGCCGCUUUUCACCCGUGGUGACAUUUCCAUCGCCGAGGCGCCAGCAGAGGGUCUGAUCCAACUGCUCUCGAAUCCUAAGCCUGACCACCUCCGAAGCCCGGUCCGCGAGCGCAUCGCCGCCCAGAAACUCGGCAAACGCGCGGGAACGGGCAACGAAACAGUCAAUACCCUCUUCAGUGGCAUCUACCCGACCGUCAAUCUCACAUGGGGCAACACGGAUGGGUCUCCUGGACAGCAGUUCAUCAGUUUCAUCGACACUGGAAGCUCCGACUCGUGGGUAGUUUCUAGUGAUCUGCAAUGCGUCGACAUUGAGACCAAGGUGCCGCUCGACCAGGCUGCAUGUGGAUUCGGACCGCUUUAUGACUCCUCCAAAGGCUCCUUUACCAACAUCACUGAUGAGUCCUUCUCCAUCAGCUACUUUCCAGAAGGCGAAACCCUCAAGGGCGACAUGGGGUACGCGCCGAUCACACUGGGUGGUUUAACCGUGCCGAAGCAGCAGGUUGCCCUCGUGAACUAUGCGGCAUGGAUUGGCGAUGAUGCAUCAUCGGGUCUGCUCGGCCUCGGAUACCCUGCCAUCACCUCUGGUCGCAACCGGACAAGUGGUAAAUACGUCGAGUAUGACCCGCUAUUUACCACCAUGAUCAAGGAGAAAGUCGUUUCGGAUGGCAUCUUCACCUUGGUCAUUGACCGUGUACCUCAGGGAACCUCGCCUCUUGCGCCUGCUGGUCUGAUGGCACUCGGUGGAUUGGUGCCAGACACAUACUACGAAGCACCAUUUACCAGUGUGCCGAUUGUAAAAGACGGCGGCGAGUACACCUGGUAUAACGUGGACGCCAAGAUCAAGUAUGGUGCCAACGGCACUGUCACGGACUUUGCUACCUCUGCUUCCUUUGAGACCAUUGUCGACAGCGGAACUUCGCCCAAUUUCAUCCCUACAGCGGCGACCAAGGCGCUCAAUGCCCUCUUCGACCCGCCGGCUGUGUACAAUGCCACGCUCGAUUACUACACUGUGGACUGUGAUGCCACGGCGCCGUACGCUGCCUAUGUCAUUGACGGGGUAGAGAUGCCAAUGGAUCCCCAGGACAUGAUUGUGCGCAGCCUCAACGGUCUGCCGGGUUACGAGGACGUGUGCUUCAGCGCGUUCGCCGACGGCGGCCCCAACACGGCCGGUGCCAGUUUCAUCAUUGGUGCAGUUUGGCAGAGAAACUAUGUUGUUGCCUAUGAUCAGACGAAUAGCUUGAUGCAUUUUGCAAAGAGGAAGCCGUACUGA